ACAACUGCUUCAAAAUUUCAUACAUAUUUGCACCAAAUAACAUCAAAAUCAUCUCAAAUCACCACAAAUAAAUCCUAAAUCAUCACAAACAAAUCAUCAUCAAUAUUAGAAGAUGAUAGCCACGCCGGCCACAGAGGCUUCUCCUCCACCUCGUUGACUCGUGUCGGUAUGGGGCUGCCUGUAAGGCAGCGCCGACCGAAGCAGCGGCCGCUCGCCUGGGUUGCGAGGGGUGCGCACCUGCCCCGCGGUAGCUCUGGCGGCCAAAAGACCUACUCCGGGCGACGACUGCGAGCUCCAGGACAUGAGCGCCGACGCUGCAACCAACAUCCGAAUCGGCUAAAACUCUACGCGGGCGGCCGAUCUAAAUCGACGCGGCGACGGGACCUCGAGCGACCAUCCGGGGUGACGCGGGUGGGGCAGCGGGGUUGCAGCAAACUCAUGGGAGGAUGGACGAGUGGCAGCCGCAACCUUGCCUGCUGGAAUUGCCAGCGGCGGUGGUUGGAUGGAGGAGCGGGCGCGCAGCGGGAAUGUUCACGCGACAGUUGGGGCUGCACGCGUUUUGCUCGAGCGACCCAAAUGCUGCGAAUUUGCAUCAUUUGAUUCCCUAUUUUACAUCCCGGAGAAACUUGAGUAAUUGUUUUUGCAUCUAUCAGCUGCUGAAGUUUUUUUUGGUCUUUAUGAUUUUUACAUCUGCAUCAUCUAUUGUAGAUGCUCUGAAGUCGGCCACGAUUGUGGUAAAAUGUUGACACUCUGGGGCCUGUAAAAAAGAAAUGUUUGACAGUCUGGGAGCCGUGGAGCAACACGCUCGAGGUGUCGUAGUGGAGGGAAGCGUACCAAACUGGUCAAAAUCCGAUUCCAACCACUACCAACCACAUCGCAGAAGUGCGAAUCCGCCCGCCCAACGCCGACACGGCACCAGAACACCCCGUCACAGCGGCGCGCCUCCGAGUCAAGCCAACCCCCGCGCGGCGGCCGCCCGUAGCCACCGUGUCCUGCUGUCCCAGGAAUAGGAUCCCGCCGGCUGCGCGGCCGAGGGAGAGAUGCGGCGGUCGUCGAGCGGGGCGCGCGUGUCGGAGGGCGGCGACGCGUCCUCGUCCUCGUCGGGCCACCACGGCGACGGCACGGCGCUCCCGACGUUCGACCCGCAGUCGGCGGCGGGCCGGCGGGAGGCGGCGCGGACCCGGGCGCUGGGGCGCGCCGUGCACUUCAUCCCGCUGUUGCUGCUGCUCUGCGCCCUCGUGCUCUGGCUCUCCGCCGCCUCCACCUCCCCGGUUCACCUCGACUGAUAACAGGACGAUAUGGCAAGUUGAUCCAGAAUCUGGUGUCCAUAGGUUCCACAAAAGGGUACAGUUAAGUUGAUCAGGAAUGAUGAGGUUAGUAAAGGAGGCCUUAAGUUCGGGUUUGGAAGAACUAGCACAGCAACAAGCUCACAUACUAGGUGGUUAUUUCUGGGUAUUCUUUUCACUCCAGAUUGGAGUUGGUGUAAUUUGGCCCGCCAUUACAAUUUGUAUACAAAAAACUGAGUGAGCUCUUUUACGGUGAUUGGGGAGUUACAUCUUGUAAUUUGAUGUAACUCCUCCCUUAAUUA